AUGGCCCACAGCACGCCUUCCCAGCAAACAGACCUGAGCCGGCCUAGUUACCCUAGCACAGCCCCUGGGACACCUACUGCAGGAAGCCUGCACCUGCAGGGCGGGGGCAACGUCUUGCUGACGAGGGCUCUGAAGCACAUCCCACCAAUUGAGGAGAGGGAAAGAGCUCCCCCCAGAAACUGCUGCCCCUCCCUUCACCCCCAGCCAGUCUGUCGGACACCCGAGCCAAGACCGAACAGAGUGCGCCCCAGGGCAGCCACCAGGUCCCAGUCCACUCCAGGACUAUGCCAAUCUGUGGCCAUGCUCCCAUCAACCAGUUGUCUCCUGUCCCUCCUGCUGCUGACAUGUGCAGGGGGUACUGUGCCCAGCCCCCAGGUACCUCCUCAGGGCUGCUAUGUGGCAGAGGAAGCUGGUGAGCGGACGUUCCGCUGCAGCCAGGCAGGCCUGAGUGCUAUGCCCACCGGCAUCCCCAACGACACCCGCAAGCUCUACCUGGAUGCCAACAAGCUGAUAUCGGUGCCAGCAGGGGCCUUCCAGCACUUGCCUGUCCUGGAGGAGCUAGACCUGUCCCAUAAUGCCCUUGAACACCUCUCAGGGGAUGCUUUCCAGGGCCUGGCGGACACUCUGCGCCUCCUUGACCUCUCUGCCAACCAGCUGGCCUCUGUGCCCGUGGAGGCCUUCGUGGGACUGCAGAUCCACGUGAACCUGUCUGCCAACCCGUGGCGCUGUGACUGUGCCCUCCAGGAAGUGCUCAGGCAGGUGAGGCUGGUGCCGGGCACCGGGACGGGCAUCAUGUGCGGCCCAGGAGCCCGACCAGACCUCGUUGGGCAGGAGUUCCUGCUGCUGACCGGUGAGGAAGAACUGUGCGGGACAGGACGUGGUGGGGCCCGGCGGAGCACUGAUGUGGCCCUGUUGGUCACCAUGGGGGGCUGGCUGACACUGGUGGUGGCUUAUCUGGUCCACUACGUGUGGCAAAACCGGGAUGAGACCCGGCGCCCUCUCAAGCGGGCCCCAGUGGUACCUACGCGCUCCGAAGACUCCUCCACCCUCAGCACAGUGGUCUGAUGAUGGGAGGCCCCACACUCCCACCGUGAGCCUCUGACUCCCUCUGCUUCUUCUGCAACCCCACCCAUCUCCUCAUCCCAUCCCACCCUUGUAGCCUCUGUCUCCCC